AUAACAUUAUGACUUGUAACAUGAGAAGCAGUACCACCCAUCCUCUAGUUCUUACUGCCAAAAUCUGUCCUACAUCCAGCACAGUUUGGAGAAGAAAUAGCAAUCUUUCCUCAAAGCUGCUGCUGGUUCGUGCAGCAGUUAGUACCGACUUUGAGUACAAGACUACUUUGGUUAAGGAGGUUCCGGUGUUGAGUGAUUUGAUCAUGAGGAGGAGGACAUUGACAAUGCCACAAGUUGUCGAAACAGGCAAUGAAGAUGAUGAAAUUAGAAAAGCGAUCGGGAGCAAUAAUGAAGGAAGGUUUGGGAGGUUUGGAGGCAAGUACGUGCCUGAGAUAUUGAUGGCUUCUUUGAAUGAGCUUCAAUCCCAAUUCAACUCCAUCUUACGUGACCUCGAGUUUCAGGCAGAGCUGGCAACAGCACUGAGAGACUAUGUUGGGAGGGAGACACCUCUCUACUUCGCUGAGCGGCUCUCAAAUCACUAUAAGAACAAUAAAGGAGAAGGGCCAGAUAUAUAUCUGAAACGAGAAGAUCUCAGCCAUGGUGGAACACACAAGAUCAACAACGCUAUCGCACAGGCGAUGAUUGCCAAACGCAUGGGCAGGAAACGCGUGGUGGCAGCCACUGGUGCCGGACAGCAUGGUGUGGCAACAGCUGCUGCUUGUGCCAAACUUUCUUUGGAGUGCACCAUCUUUGUGGGCACCAAAGACAUGGAGAAACAGCCUUCUAAUUUGCUCUUAAUGAAACUGCUGGGUGCCCAGGUUAAAUCCGUGGAGGGGAAUUUUAAGGAUGCAACCUCGGAUGCAAUAAGGGCAUGGGCGGGAGACAUGGAAACCAGUUAUUACUUGCCUGGCACAGUCGUGGGGCCUCAUCCAUGUCCAAGCAUGGUCCGAGAAUUUCAAUCAGUGAUCGGAAAGGAAACAAGAAGGCAAGCAAUGGAGAAAUGGGGUGGCAAACCAGAUGUAUUGCUUGCCAGUGUAGGGACUGGUUCUAAUGCAUUGGGGUUAUUCCAUGAAUUUAUUGAAGAUAAAGAUGUGAGGUUGAUUGGAGUUGAGGGUGCUGGGCUUGGCUUAGAAAGUGGUAGGCACUCUGCAACUCUGGCUAGAGGCGAUGUGGGUGUUUUUCAUGGAACCAUGAGCUAUUUGUUGCAAGAUGAGGAAGGCCAGAUUUUAGAGCCAUACUCUAUUGCUGUGGGGUUACAGUACCCUGGGGUUGGCCCGGAGCUGAGCUUUCUCAAAGACACAGGGCUUGCUGAGUUCCACACUGCCACGGACCGGGAAGCCAUUGAUGCAUGUCAACUGUUAUGCAGGUUGGAAGGGAUAAUUCCUUCAUUGGAGGCCUCUCAUGCGUUGGCAUUUCUAGACAAACUUUGCCCUACUUUACCUGCUGCCACGAAGGUUGUAGUAAAUUGUAGUGGGUGUGGAGAUAAGGAUGUCGCCACACUUUUCAACCACAAACAUCACUCAAUGUAGCAACGGUUGCGUUUCUUUCUGCUUGUAAACAAAUGAUUUAACGCACAUAAGCAAAGAUGCAAUACCCUUUUCUUAGUGCUGGCAAGGCCUAAUUUAGAAAAUCAGAAAUAUUUAAGAAUCUGUACGUUUAGUGCUGGCAGUGCCUACAAUAAACGGGGUUGUACACGAUUAAGAGGAAAUCCAUUGCUAUUGGAUGAUACA